AUGGACUCUCAAGGACAAGAACCCUUUGCUAUGGAUUUCUCUAAGUACACCCUCCAAGUAGAGGAAAGUCAAGUCGCUUCUGCUCCCUCUGGUCCUGACGUUACAUCAAUCCAGAAAGGGAAUGUUGGUUCUGUUAAUGGAAAUAUUGAGCGCGACGUUGAAAACAAAUUUCCUCGUCAAUUAAUUGGAAUCACCAAUAAUAUUAUAAAGUAUUGCAAGGAAUCUGCGUACUUUGACAGAUUUCUCCUGUCAAACAAGACUGGGUUUACCAAAAGAGGUAAGGAAAUCGUAGAAGGUGUCAUUCUGUCCAUCCUGAACAACAAGAAGGUCAAGAAACUCGCUCGUAGAUUGGCCAUCUACAAAAGCCAUCCCGAGGAAACACCUGCUUUUGCAACGGCUGCCGAAUGUUUCAAGGUUCUGGUAGCCGAUUGCCAGUCGGACGAAGAGGACGUUCCCGGCAAUAAGACAUUGCUGGAUCGACAGGUGCCAGCUUGGAGAUCUAAGUCUGUAUGUUGUUACACGGCACUUUUUGUCGUUUUGACUUAA